UGCAAUAUCAGGAGGAUCUGGCUUGGUGGAGGCAGCGCAAACAAGCGAGGACGAACGCGCCUCGACUGCCCCUGCUCUCUGGCCCAAACCCACUUCCUUCCAACGAUCCAACUCCAUUUCCCCCGUUGGGUCCCCAACUCCUUCAAUAUCCCCCAUCGGAUGACUUCUUCCACCAUUCUUCUCUCAUCCCUGUCCAUUUGGACUCGAACGGGCGAACCAACAUGCAGGUUUGACAAGUUGGGCGGCCCUCGAGAGCACAAAGGGCCAUGGAAAGAAUACCAACGGCUGCCCCCAAGAUCGUUCCGGAUCAUGGUAACAAGAGAGAGGGAGAGGGGCGGGCCAAGGUACAACUUCAGAGUUCCCACAGAGGAGAAACAGCAGCUUUGGCAUCAUGGGGGCCAGCCUCUGUCUUGUGUCUGUAUGAUCUGUAUCACCUCCUGCAGAGGCCACGGGAGCCAUGCGCAGAAGUCUGCAACCAAACACAGCAAGCGGCGAGCGAGCCCGACAGGACGAUCACUCUAUCACGAACCACAACCGGGCUUCCCGUCGUGUCUUAUUGUUCCCCAUCGAGCAAUCAGGAUCAUACUCAGACCAGCUCAGGUCAGGCCAGUCGAAAAGUGUGAGCGACUCGCUCGGCCGGUAGGUGGGUAGAAGCAAAUUGCGAGCGAAAAAAGAGUUAUCCAAGCUUUCCGCCUGUUCCUGGCUUCCCUACUUCUUAGUUUCCGUCUGCCAAUCCUUCUCUUCUUACGUAGCACCCGUAGCUCCAACUCACUAGCUUCACCUCGCACUCUCACCGGCACCGAGCCUCCUUCGCCCUUCUGCUGCCUGC